GUCGUGCUCUCUCGGUAGAGGAGGGAUUGGUUAGGCGGCGGCAGCGGCGGCGGCAGGAGAACAGCAGCAGUGGCGGCGACGGUGGCGAGGUGUUCGGUCUGCGCAGCACAGAAACGCCCGCAGCUUCAGGGAAGGAGUUCUUGUGGGAUCAAAUCAGGCGUUCUGAACCCAGGCCGGGUGAACUGGGCCGAACCAGGCGCUGCCGCUCGUACGGUUUGGUGGCGGUGACAGACGCAGCUCUUGACUACAGGGGCCUAUUAGGCCGAGAUCUGAAAGCCCAGAUCACUGGCUCUCGACGCAUCCUCUUCCCCUCUUCCAUCUGCUGUCUUCCUUCCUGGGCCAGUGAUUCCCGGACUCUGGGAAAAGGGUAGCUAAUGAUUAAGAAACCUGUAAUCGUUCAGUUAAAGUCCAGAAUUGCGUUUGAAUGCCUUACACCUCUGUUCUUUCUUUCCUGAUCCCACCGAUUCUUGGUAACAGCUGACCCAGGUUUCUACAGGCCUCCCUUAAAGUUUCCCAUGUCUCAAUGGACUCCUGAAUAUAACAAGCUCUAUACCUUAAAAGUGGAUAUGAAGAGUGAGAUUCCUUCUGAUGCGCCAAAGACACAGGAGAGUCUGAAAGGGAUCCUCUUGCAUCCACAGCCCAUUGGGGCAGCCAAAAGUUUUCCUGCAGGAGUUGAGAUGAUUAACAGUAAAGUGGGGAAUGAAUUCUCUCAUUUGUGUGAUGAUUCUCAAAAACAAGAGAAGGACAUGAAUGGUAACCAACAAGAGCAAGAAAAAAGUGUUGUUGUGAGGAAAAAACGCAAAAGCCAGCAGGCUGGCCCUUCUUACAUGCAAAAUUGUGUUAAAGAGAACCAGGGAAUAUUAGGAUUGAGGCAACACCUAGAAACACCAAGCGAUGAAGAUAAUGAUUCCUCUUUUAGUGAUUGUCUUUCUUCUCCUUCAUCUAGUCUGCAUUUUGGAGAUUCUGACACUGUGACUUCAGAUGAGGAUAAAGAAGUCUCUGUAAGACAUUCCCAGGCAAUUUUGAGUGCUAAAAGUAGAACUCAUAGUGCACGGUCCCAAAAGUGGCCUCGGACAGAGACAGAAUCUGUUUCAGGAUUGUUAAUGAAAAGACCCUGUUUUCAUAGCAGUUCAUUAAGGAGACUUCCAUGCAGAAAGAGAUUUGUGAAAAAUAAUUCCUCACAGAGGACACAGAAACAAAAAGAGAGGAUAUUAAUGCAGAGGAAAAAACGAGAAGUAUUAGCCCGGAGAAAAUACGCGUUGCUCCCCAGUUCUAGUAGUUCCAGUGAGAAUGACCUCAGCAGCGAAUCCUCUUCCAGCUCAUCAACUGAAGGAGAAGAAGAUUUGUUUGUUUCUACCAGUGAAAACCACCAAAACAAUCCAACUGUUCCCUCAGGAAGUAUUGAUGAAGAUGUUGUGGUGAUAGAAGCUUCCUCCACUCCCCAGGUCACUGCCAAUGAAGAAAUUAAUGUUACCUCAACUGACAGUGAGGUGGAGAUUGUAACAGUUGGAGAAAGCUAUCGGUCUCGUUCAACUCUUGGACACUCCAGAUCUCAUUGGAGCCAAGGUUCAAAUUCUCAUACAAGUCGGCCACAGGAGCCACGGAACCGCAGUAGGAUCUCUACUGUUAUUCAACCCUUGAGGCAAAAUGCAGCAGAAGUUGUGGACCUUACUGUUGAUGAAGAUGAACCUACUGUAGUACCAACCACUUCUGCAAGAAUGGAAUCACAAACCACAAGCACUUCCAUUAACAAUUCAAAUCCAUCUACCUCUGAGCAGGCCUCUGAUACUGCUUCAGCUGUCACUGGUAGUCAACCCCCCACAGUGUCAGAGACUUCAGCUACUCUUACAAGCAAUAGCAUGACUGGUACUUCCAUAGGAGAUGACUCGAGGAGAACUGCAUCUAGUGCUGUAACAGAAGCUGGCCCUCCUGCAAUGCCAAGGUUACCUUCCUGCUGUCCCCAGCACUCACCAUGUGGAGGGUCGUCACAGAAUCACCAUGCAUUAGGACAUCCACACACAAGUUGCUUUCAGCAGCAUGGCCACCAUUUUCAGCAUCAUCACCACCACCAUCAUACUCCCCACCCGGCUGUCCCUGUUUCUCCCUCCUUUAGUGAUCCUGCUUGCCCUGUGGAAAGACCUCCACAAGUACAAGCACCUUGUGGAGCCAAUAGUAGUUCUGGUACCAGCUAUCAUGACCAGCAGGCAUUGCCAGUAGACCUGAGCAACAAUGGUAUCAGAAGUCAUGGAAGUGGUGGUUUUCAUGGAGCGUCUGCAUUUGACCCCUGCUGCCCUGUUUCUUCUUCCCGAGCUGCAAUCUUUGGCCAUCAGGCUGCUGCUGCUGCCCCGAGUCAGCCAUUAUCCAUAGACGGCUAUGGAUCAAGCAUGGUUGCGCAGCCCCAGCCCCAGCCCCCUCCACAAGCCUCACUGUCAUCAUGUCGACAUUAUAUGCCACCUCCUUAUGCCUCCUUGACAAGACCACUUCAUCAUCAAGCCUCUGCCUGUCCCCACUCUCAUGGAAACCCUCCUCCUCAGACUCAGCCUCCACCUCAAGUGGAUUAUGUUAUUCCUCAUCCUGUACAUGCUUUCCAUUCUCAGAUAUCUUCUCAUGCAACAUCUCACCCUGUGGCACCCCCACCCCCGACUCAUUUAGCCAGUACAGCUGCACCAAUCCCUCAGCAUCUUCCUCCCACACACCAGCCAAUCUCACACCACAUCCCAGCCGCGGCACCUGCAGCACAGAGACUGCAUCCUCAUGAAGUGAUGCAGAGGAUGGAAGUUCAAAGGAGGAGGAUGAUGCAGCAUCCAACUGGUCUUUUUGUGUUCUGUGUUUCCAGGCGGGCACAUGAACGGCCCCCACCCCAUCCACAUAGGAUGCACCCAAACUAUGGUCAUGGGCAUCAUAUUCAUGUGCCUCAGACUAUGUCCUCACAUCCUCGACAGGCUCCAGAGAGAUCUGCCUGGGAGCUGGGGAUUGAAGCUGGAGUGACUGCGGCCACUUACACGCCUGGAGCGCUGCACCCUCACUUGGCCCAUUACCAUGCGCCACCUCGACUUCACCACUUACAACUAGGAGCUCUUCCUUUAAUGGUUCCUGACAUGGCAGGCUACCCUCAUAUUCGUUACAUUUCAUCAGGAUUGGAUGGAACAUCAUUCAGAGGUCCUUUCAGGGGCAAUUUUGAGGAACUGAUUCAUUUGGAAGAAAGAUUAGGAAAUGUGAAUCGUGGUGCAUCCCAGGGGACAAUUGAAAGAUGUACAUAUCCACAUAAAUACAAAAAGGUAACAACUGAUUGGUUCUCACAGAGGAAACUGCACUGCAAACAAGAUGGGGAAGAAGGGACUGAGGAAGACACAGAGGAAAAAUGUACUAUCUGUUUGUCUAUUUUAGAGGAAGGUGAAGAUGUGAGGCGCCUUCCCUGUAUGCACCUUUUCCACCAAGUGUGUGUUGAUCAGUGGUUGAUCACCAAUAAGAAGUGCCCCAUAUGCAGAGUGGACAUUGAGGCCCAGCUGCCAAGUGAAAGUUGACACCAUGUCUCAGAACUCUUGCCCUCCCUCUCAUUCCCAUCCUCCUGGUACUGCAGUCAACCAAAGAUGGCGUGACUUACCUGCGCAGAUUUGGAAGCCUUGAACUUAGAGUGCGGCUCUGCUAUAUGGUACAACUAAUGCUAGACCUACAGUUUAUGUAUACAGUUGAGUUUGAUGUAUUUAUAAAAGCUUUUUUUUUCUAGGUUUGACAUUUUUCCUGUAUCAUUUUACUGUAUUUUUGCAUGGUUCCUUGUAUUGCAUUUCUUUGCACAUAUUAUGGGCUUGUGACCCUAAACUUGCAGGCAAGAUUAGCUGCUUUAGUAAGUAGAAUUUUGUGGUCUUUUUGUUUUUUACAUAGUACCAGGUCUUGAGAAUUAUGAAUUUUUUUUAUCCAUUACUAACCUUUAAUUUAAUCAAUCAUGUGCUUUAGUUUAAUGUAUAAAGAUCCUCUAGAAAAUGAUAAUAUUGUGUAUUAAGACAUUCCUUAAUUAGGACAAAAUGGCUGCUGUAUAUUUACAAUAUGGAGUUCUGAGUUAAAUACCAUCCUUAAUACUGGGAACAGAAUACAAACCAUAUUCAAUCAGAUGCAGGUGGUAUUCACAUCACCAGAGUGAUCAAUAGACAUGUUCUUGGUGUAUCCUUUUCCUUUCAGCACAACGCAGAUAGAGUUGAAUAUUGAUAUCAUACAUAUAGACUGCUGUUCUGAUUGUAUUUAUCUUUUUCCUACAUCAUUUAGAACUUUAUUUCCCUGAUUCAGUUUUUGCUGCUGUGAAACAGCUCUGAUGAACACUAAAUAUUAAUUUCAAUUAGCUGGAUUGUACAUACUUGCAGAUUUAACAAAAUUUUAGGGAAAUUGAAGAAGACAUGUAGAAUUUUGUUCAGUCUUCUGCUAAGCACGUUACAGUAACGAUAUCUGCUUAACAUUGAUUUUGUAAUAAACACAUUCAGUCAGGAGUUAGAAUUGCAGUCAUUGGCAGGUAUCUAUGCAUUCAUAGAACUUCUAAAGGUCCCAGGAUCACUUUUAAGGGAUUUUAUUAGUUUAAAGAUAAAUAAAGUCAGCUGAAUCUACAUGUCUCUUGUUUUAUUUCUCUUUAAACUUGAAAACAGUAAAUCUGCAGAUACUGUGAGGCACAAACCUACUGUUGCUCUGGUUUUAGACGCCCACUUCAUACAUUACCAAGAGUCGAUCACUGAUUUAAAAAUUUUAAUUUCUAUAGUUAAGAUUUACUGCAUAAUAUAGAAUAUAAAGUUAAGUUAACGUACUAACAUUUCUCCUUUGGAGAAAGUUUUAAUCCACUUCAGGAUGCAUAUUAUCAAGAUACUUUCAUAUACAGGAUAGCCUAAUUUUAUUUGUCUAAAUAUGCUUAAUAUGCCCCAGAUUGCAAAUGCAUCAGUCAGUAACGUCACUGUCUGUAUGUGGAAGACAUGUUCCCAUGGAUCAUAUGUGAAGAUGUCAGUAAGCUUGCAUUAAGCCACCUGCUUUGUAAGUGGAUUGAUUAAUAAAUAACUUAUAUUUCUA